UCGAUUCAAUUAUACUUUGAUUUCUUUGUGCUUAGUGAUAAGAAUGCUGCUAACUCCCUCAAACCAACCCUUACUGCAAAGCAAUGCGGAGGAGACCCUGAAUCUGCUCGAGAGAUGCUCAAGCAUGAAAGAACUAAAGCAGAUUCAUGCCCGCGUUUUGAAACAUGGAAGCUAUACGCCCCAGAUUACAGUAAGCAAGCUCUUAGAUUCAUGCACAUCUUCAGAAUUUGGGGACUUAUCUUAUGCUCGAAUGAUUUUUGACGGAAUAAAAUCCCCUAACAUUAUCAUGUGGAACACCAUGAUCAGAGCAUACUCAAACAGUAAUUUCCCAGAAGCAUCCCUGCUUUUCUACCAACAGAUGCUCCAUCAUCCGGUCACGUACAAUGCCUACACUUUCCCUUUCCUUCUCAAAGCAUGUUCUGCUCUCUCAGCUUUUGAAGAAACCAAACAAAUUCAUGCUCACGUAAUCAAAAGGGGCUUUGGUUCAGAGGUCCAUGCCACAAACUCCCUCCUUCAUGUUUAUGGAAAUUCCGGCAGCAUUGAGUAUGCACGCCGCCUGUUUGAUCGGCUUCCCCAACGAGAUAUUGUUUCUUGGAAUAUAAUGAUUGAUGGGUACAUCAAACUUGGAAGCAUAGACAUGGCUAACGAGAUUUUCCAAGCCAUGCCAGCGAAGAAUGUUAUUUCAUGGACAACCAUGAUUAAUGGGUUUGUUAAGGUGGGACUGAACAAGGAAGCUCUGUCUCUUUUUCAAGAAAUGAUGAUUGCCGGGUUCAAACCUGAUAGUGUAACUCUGAGUUGUUCUCUUUCAGCAUGUGCAGGUCUGGGAGCAUUGGACCAAGCUAUAUGGAUUCACGCCUACAUUCAUAAAAAUGGAAUAAAAGAAGAUUCAAUUUUGGGCUGUGCACUUGUGGAUGUGUAUGUCAAGUGUGGUGAAAUGGAAAAGGCCAAAGAAGUGUUUAAGAAAUUGGAGAAGAAAUGUGUGUGCGCCUGGACAGCUUUAAUCGGCGGCUUUGCCGUCCACGGAAGGGGAAGAGAAGCACUUGAAUGGUUUAAUCAGAUGCAGAAAACUGGAAUCAAGCCAACUUCAAUUACUUUCACCGCAAUUCUGACUGCAUGUAGUCAUGGAGGACUAAUUGAAGAAGGAAAGUCACUAUUUGAGAGCAUAAGUUCCGUUUAUAAGAUGAAGCCAACUAUAGAGCAUUAUGGAUGCAUGGUGGAUCUUCUGGGUCGAGCAGGGUCGUUGAAGGAAGCAAAGGAGUUUAUAGAUUCAAUGCCCAUAAAGCCAAAUGCUGCUAUAUGGGGGGCAUUGCUCAAUGCCUGCAAUAUGCACAGAAAUCUUGAGCUUGGCAAAAAGAUUGGGAAAAUCCUAAUUGAAGUGGACCCUGAUCAUGAAGGGAGAUAUAUUCAUUUGGCAAGCAUUCAUUCUGCAGCUGGCGAAUGGGACCAAGCAGUUCAAGUAAGAAGAGAGGUCAAAGAAAGAGGACUUGUGAAUCAUCAAGGAUGUAGUGCCAUCACCCUUAACGGAGCUGUGCAUGAGUUCUUUGCUGGGGGUGGAUCGUGCCAUAUCAAAGAGAUUCAUGAUAUGUGGGGCGAUAUAUAAUUGCAAACCGAAGUCGAGCUUGGAGAUCUGUAGUUCUCAAGGAGGUUCAAAUUUUCACCACUAGAUGUUACGCUGGUGAUCCACCCAAUCUUUUCAAUGUAGACAGCCAUUUUAAUCAAUUUGAGCCCUGAAAUAAAGAUGAAGUGAAGAAAUGUGAGGUCAUAUAUGUAAGGGAGGACUUCUUUGCUACGCUUUCCAUCCACUUCAUCUUCGUU